AUGGCUUUCUCACAAGCCUCGCUGGUAGCUAACCUGCUGCCUAAUAUCCUUUCUUCGACUAUUUCUCCUUCCACAUCCGUCUCAUACGCCUCUUCGUCUGUCAACGACUUCCUCACCACAGCCUCGAAUCUGACCUCGGACGCUCCGCAUAACCAUGAUGGAAAAAGCGGAGGAAGCAUGCAUGAAUGGUCAUCUUUGAUCGGUAUCGUGACCGCUCUUUGUGGAAAUGUCCUGAUCUCCUUGGCUCUGAACAUCCAACGUUACGCGCAUAUCCGGAUCGCAAGGGAAUGGGAGCAGGAUAAGAGUCAGAAGGAAGCCGACUGGAGACGUAUGCAAUCUGAAUCAGAUACUGAGAACGUGAAUGGAGCUACAGGAAGCAAUGGAGCGCGCGACCAUUCGCGGGGGCGAUCCCGGGAACAAUACCGAGAUACUGAGGAUAACUUUGAGCCAUACCGUGACGAUAAUACCCAAGUCCAGAGCAGCAAUUCAAGCUCGCGAGACAGUAAUUAUCCCGGGGAUAGUGGGAACCGCAAGUCUUACCUUAAGUCGCCCUAUUGGUGGGUUGGGAUCGUCCUCAUGGUUGUGGGCGAGAUGGGCAAUUUCAUGGCCUAUGGUUUUGCGCCCGCUUCGAUCGUGUCCCCGCUGGGAGUUGUGGCUUUGAUCUCGAACUGCAUUAUUGCGCCAUGCUUGCUCAAAGAGAAGUUCCGCAAACGCGAUUUAUGGGGUGUGCUGAUCUCUGUUGCUGGGGCUGUCGUUGUCGUUCUCAGUGCCAAAUCAUCAGAAGAGCAAAUCGGACCACAUGAAAUUUGGAUGAUGAUCACCCGUUGGGAAUUCGAACUGUACCUCGGAUUGACUAUUUCUCUGAUCAUCGGCCUGAUGUGGGCAAGUCACCAAUAUGGCUCUCGCUCUAUCCUCAUUGAUGUAGGACUUGUGGCACUAUUUGGUGGAUAUACUGCCUUAUCUACCAAGGGCGUCUCUUCACUCCUGUCUGGCUCUUUGUGGCAUAUUAUCACUUUCCCAAUCACCUAUGUCCUUGUUUUCGUCCUCAUUUCGAGCGCUUUGAUGCAGAUUCGCUACAUAAAUCGGGCCUUGCAGCGUUUCGAUUCUACCCAGGUAAUUCCGACGCAGUUUGUACUCUUCACCCUCGCUGUGAUCAUUGGAAGUGCGGUUCUUUACCGAGAUUUCGAAUCAAUAACAGCAACUCGUGCUACGAAGUUUGUCGGUGGUUGCUUAUUGACAUUCCUUGGCGUAUAUUUUAUUACCAGUGGCAGAGUUCGCGCUGAUGACGAGUCAUCCUUUUCAUCUGAAGAUGAGGAGGGAUCGAUUGGUUUGUUGAACGGCGAGAGAUAUCAUGAUAGGAUUGAUUUGUCUCCUCCCGGUCAUCAACUGCCGAAGGUUUCGCAUCUUAACACAAACGGCCAAGCCGGCGCCGUCCAGUCACCUUCGGGAUCUUUAUUGAGCCAAGGCAUUGAAGGGGUCGACGAUGACGAAUUGACUCCUAGAGGCGUCCUUUCUACUGCGUCUUCUCCGCGGGGAUCUCUCAUCCCAGAUUCACCUAUAUCUCCCCCGUCCUUCGACCAUACUUCGCCUUUGCGACCCCCGUCUCGUAUGUCCAACCCCUGGGCAGACAUUCAGGAAGUGGCCGUUGUGACUCCCGAAUCCGAUGACAACCAAUUUUAUCGCCCUUCUACUCCAACGCAGCAUGAUAGUGAUUCAGCACAAGCUUCCACGGUUCUGCUUCGAUUCCCGCCUGCACCUGGCCUGGAAGAAGCGUCGGGACACAACGGCGACGCUGGAACUGUGCGACGUGCUUCGACUCCUACCUUGCUAAAUCAAGAAAACCGAAUUGGACUCCCUGAGACACCUUUGGAAACACCUUCGCGGCGUGCUUUGCGCGGCUCCGUCUCACACCGCUUCUCGCCUGGACCUCUUCUUCCCACACUAUCCGGUGGUUUCAGUGCCGUCGUGGUUGACUCGAUUCGACGUGGAGACGGCAGCCCCCUCAAGGAUCGUACCAAGCGCAAAUUAGGACGUCGCCGUCAACUUGACGGUACUUUCACCGAUCCCACUCUCCUAGUUGACGGGCCAGAGUCCUCACUCUCGGUUGCCACUGCUCGUCUCCAGUCCGCCACGAACUUUGCCGAUGCACCUGCAGAGGCUGGCCGUUCUAAUCCUGCCCUUGCAACAGAAAUUCACCCCACGCAUGACCCAAACUCUACCCAAGAUGUGACCCGUCUUCGCAGUUUCAGUGACUCGUGGAACGGUGGACUUGCAUGGCUGGGCGGUGCUCUGCGCAAAAACAGCAACCGAGCCGUUGAUGAGGCUGCACCGCAAGCAGCGCCUAAUCCCCGCGAUGAAGAGGCACCGCUCGGUCCAAGCAAUGAGCCACGAAAUAAUAUCGGCUUUGAAAGCGAAACUCGGCGAUAA